AUGGUUGUAGGGCGAGCGUCCGCGGUCGUAGCCUUGUAUGGGAUACUGCCUGCAUAGCGUGGAUUCCUCGGUGGUUGGGAUGAUUCAUAGAGACAUAUCCACGGCCUUGGCGUCUGCGUGGCGUGACACAUUUUACAGCUGUGCAUGUCUUGGAGAGGGAGUGGCGUGUCCACGCGAUGUGGUGUCACCUGUUGGUGUGAUUUUCAAUAGUGACUUGGAAAUGCGUCUUGUCUAGGAAGAAAGGCAUGUAGUGGCUUAGGGGAUCUUCCUAGGUGCACAAUUGACUGCAGCUGUAGGCAUCUGAAGACCUGAUUAACCUGUGUCUUGCUGAAGUAAGUACUUUCACUCAAGCUUCCUUGGAAGGGUGUUGAUUGUUGCUGGGACUGAAUGCAUUGUGUGUAACAAGAACUGAGGACAACGCCCAGCUCUUUUGGGCAUUGCUGCUGCUGUGGAGAUUGAUCAACCAGCUAUUAUGGAUUCUGCAAGAAAGAUGUCUGGAGUAAAGCCCCCAAGCAGGCUAGCCAGACCCACAGCUGGGUUGGCAAGACAAAAUGGGGAUCCACAACAUUUCAGCUGUGGUCACCCUGGAGCAGAGGCCCCAAAGAAGCCAUCUGACACCCCAAGGAGGCCAUCAGAUGUCUCAAGAAGGCCAUCAGAUGCCCCAAGAAAACCAUCAGAUGCCACUGUAUUGACAGCAGAUACAUCCAGCUUCAGAGUUGGGGACAGAGUCUGGGUAAGCGGAACAAAACCUGGUCAGAUUAUGUAUAUUGGGGAGACCCAGUUUGCCCCAGGUGAGUGGGCUGGUGUUGUUCUGGACACCCCUGAUGGCAAGAACAAUGGCUCAGUGGCAGGUGUCCGUUACUUCAUGUGUGAGCAGAACAGGGGUAUUUUCUCCAGACUGACCAAGCUGAGCAGGACACCCCUGGGCAGCACUGGAGCUGAAGCAGAUGCCGUGGCAGAUGGACGCUCUGUCCCUAGCUCCAGAAGGUCCUCAAUUGCCAUGGGAACACGAGCCACCAAUGCAUCAAUGGUCACAAGCCCCAUGGAUUCAUCAAUGAUCUCCUCACCUGGUGAGGACCUGGAGCUGGGUGAUAAGGUGAUUGUCUCCAGCAGCUCUGGCUCCAAGACGGGCCUACUACGCUACCUGGGCAAGACCGAAUUCGCCGAGGGGCAGUGGGCGGGCGUGGAGCUGGAGACGCCCUCGGGCAAGAACGACGGCACCGUGGCCGGCAAGCGCUACUUCUCGUGCCGGCCCAACUACGGCCUGUUCGCGCCUGCCCACAAGAUCUCCCGGCCGGCGCGGCGCAGCUCGCAGAAGAUGGGCGUGCACGCGCUGCGCCGUUCCACGUCGCGAGAGUCGCUGCAGUCGGUGGCGAGCCAGGCGUCGCGCGUGUCGGCGCAGGUGCUCAAGGAGAAGGAGGAGCACAUCGAGCAGCUUCUGCGCGAGCGCGACAUGGAACGCUCGGAGGUGGUGCGCGCCGCCAGCCUGGUGGACGACGGUGAGGUGAAGGUGCUGGCGGCGAAGCGGGAGCAGCUGGCGCUCAGCAGCCGCACCGAGCAGGGGCUGCACGAGGAGGCGGCGCUGCUGCGCAACGAGCUGGCAGAGCAGCGGCGCCAGCUGGAGCAGCAGAGCGCCGCCGGCGAUUCGCGCAGCGAGGAGCGCGAGCGCGCCGACGAGGUGCGCACGCUGGCCAAGGAGCGCGACGAGGUGCGCCUGGAGGCGGCGCGCGCCGCCGCCGACAUCAACGAGAACAUGCAGCGCAUCAUGCUGCUGGAGGGAGAGGCGUCGCGCGUGCGGCACGAGGCGGACGACGAGCUGGCCAGCCUGCGGGCGCAGCUGAAGAAGCGCGCCGACGAGCAGCGUGCGCUGGCGGCGGCCCAGGCGGCCGAGAGACGCGCCGAUCAGCUGCAGACGCAGCUGGACACGUGGCGCCGUGACGGCGAGCUGCUCAAGGAGCGCGUCACGGCACUGAAGGACUUCGCCGACGCUGCCAGCAGGAGGAGCUUGCAACGGCUUCGACAAGAGGUAGAGCUACUGAAGCAGGAGCGUGACUCCAGAGAGGAGGAUGCUGCUGUGGUCCGACAGGAGCAGGGUAAGGAACUGGAGAGGCUCAAGAAGGAACUGUCGUCCAAAGAAGGAGACAGCGCCGCGGCUCGGCAGGAACAGCAGGAGGAACUGGAGAAGCUGAAGCUGGAGCUGGAGUCCGUAACGCAAGACGCUACUGCGAUUCAACAGCAGCAGAAACGGAAGCUGGAGCGGCUGACGGAGGAAUUGGCUUCCAAGGAGGCAGACGGCGCUGCGUCGAGGCAAAAGUUGGAGAAGGAGCUGGAGCGACUUGAACAGGAGUUGGCCUCCAAGAAACAGGACUCUGCUGCAGCCGGGCAGGAGCAAAAGCAGGAACUGGAACGUCUCAAGCAGAAACUGAACUCAACGGAACGAGAAAACGCAGCAUUUCGGCGGGAGCAGGAAGCCAAACUGGAGCAGCUGCACGAGGAGCUCGACUCCAGGGACCGGGACGUGGCGGCGGUCCGUCUGGAGCAGCGGGAGGAGCUCGAGCGACAGCAGCAGAAGCUAGACGACGCCCGGCGCGAAGCCGAGACCAGUCGGCGCCUGCUGCUGGAGGCGCAGCAGCGCGCGCGGCCGGCGCCGGCCGUGCCGCUCACCAACGGCGCCGCCGAUGCGGCCGGCCACGUCGACUUCCUGAACUCGGUCAUCGCCGACCUGCAGGGCAGGAACGACGAGCUGACGCGCCAGGUGCGCCUGCUGGCGGUGGGCGACGAGGACGAGGAGGAGGAGGCGGCGUCGCCGGCGGCGCCCGCGCGGCCGCCGCCGCGGCUGUGGUGCGACAUCUGCGAGGAGUUCGACCGCCACGACACGGACGAGUGCCCAACGCAGGCGAGCACGCCCGAGGAGCCGCCGCCGAGCCGGCACGGCGGCGCGCGCGGCGUGCGCCGCCAGUUCUGCAUGGCCUGCGAGAUGUUCGGCCACACGGCCGACCAGUGCGACGCCGGCGAGACGUUCUGAGCCGCCGGUCCCGACAGGUGGCCCCAUCUGUUGUAGGACGUGGGCUGGAGCUCCGCUCCUGAGGUGUGUUUGGGUGGGCCGGAAUAGCUGAUUCGGAGGCCUACGUGGGUUGGACGGCCGGAUGCCGCUGUCAUGUUGUCACUGGGCGUAUGGCGGAAAGAGAUACAACUAACUACACUCGUUGGUUCCACGCGGUGGCGCGCCGUGGCCUGGUGCAUUCGUAUGCAAACUCGCGAGGCCGUGAAUUGCCCUUGAAUAUGGAUAGAUGACCUGCGCGUUGUCCUCGCCUCGUUAACAUGUUUGGAGCCGUCCCGCCGCAUGUCCGCGGUCACUGUUGUACGGAGCGGCCGGCCUUUUGAGGUGGCCUUAGCGGUACUCCGUGGAUUGUUCUCACAGUUUAUCGGAAGUGGUUCGUUGCACAGCGUGGGUUAGCGUUAUAUGAGACGUUUAUCUGUGUAGACUCUAAGUGCUAGUAGCAGCCCAGAUUAACUUAUCAACGUUAUUAAUCGCCUGAAC